AUGAUUCUCGUUCAUAUUCUUGGCCGGGGCCACUUUAUAUACGAUGCUCGACCUGCUGCAGAUUUGGACCGGAGUACAGAGAAUUCUAUCACCGAUACUCUUUUCUCACCAAAACCCUGGAUACAGGACUUGGGUUUCAAAUAUCAACCAGCCGUAUCUCAUGCACAAAUGCGGCGCUCAAAAGCUCCGAAGGAUCCAAACACAACCGCAGUUUGGUGCCUGCAAAUCGCAAGCCACUUGACCUAUUUUGAACAAGCCUCAGUCCCUUCCUACAGCUAUCCGGUCAUUGUUCUGCCGUACCACCGACUUUACCAAACUAUUCCAGCGAUGUUUGCCAAAAGCGCCCAGAUGCAGUCCAUCCUUACUGCCUGCCUCCCCCUGGUGGCUGCUGCCCUUCACGGGACUCGGCACGUCCCUCAGUUCGACCGCCACGGUCAAGAGACCACCGACUGCCAGAUUCGCUGCCCAAAGUCUGCCCACCCCAGCAAAGUGAUUCUGCCAGCAUUGACGCAAGCCAAGAACACCACAACGGGAGAAUGGGAGAACACUCUCGAGUGUUGGUCCAUCGAUACCGUCGAUCCGGAUUUGACCGACAUCGAUAUUGACAAUGCCAUUCGGCUGCACUGGGAGGGGGGUUUUGAUAAAGCAUAUCAGUAUAUUUUUCAUGGGGAUAGCUACAUGCCUGCUCAUCCGGCUCCGGAGCCGAGCUUGAUCUUGAUGAGUGCAGGUAUUGAUUUGCGAGUGCCUAGCGGCAAAUGCCUGAGGGUAGGGGCAGGAGAUGUCUUCUUCAGCGUUGGAACCCUUGGCAAACAGACGGCAUGGUGGUCGGAAGGGACACUGGUCAGUGACUUUUAUUUCAAGGAUGGAAAGAUUCCACAUCACGAGGUCGUAGAAGAGAUAGAUGCUGGCAAUGAUGCGGUUGGGGAGGGUGACAACACAUUUCACUCUGAUUUGUAG